ACCGGGUAACCAAGGGUAUUUGAGUAAUCAAGGGUAGAAAUGCUAUAACCAUACUCCACCUUUUAUAUGUAAUCUCACUUAUAAUAUAUACCAUACCAUAUCUAAUGGGUAAAUGCCAUAUUUGGUCAUUGAAAUUAUUAACUUAUGUUACUAGAAAAAAUUAAUAUAAAUUUUAGUCACUAUUACUAAAACAGUCAAUUUAAUUUCGAAUUACUGUCAAAUACUUAAGUGAACAUGACAGCUAAUUAUGCAAAGAACUCAAUUGGGUUAGUUUGUGUGGGGCAAAUAGUUGGGGUCGUUUGGAUUGAGUAUUUGGGGUCAAAUAAUAGAUUUUGUGUUAUUUGACCCCAAAUAACAUGUUUGGGUGACAAAAAGUGGGAUGCGUUAUUUGGAUGUAAGUGUUUUGCCAAAUAACAGGUUUGAGACCAAAUAACACAAAAAGUGUUGUUUGCCAAAUACUUGAGAGGGGGCAGGUAUUUGUCAAAUAACAAGUUUGAGAUCAAAUAUCACAUACCAAAUAAUAGGUUUUAUAUUAUGUGGUAUUUGUGUGGUAAUUGACCCCAAACAACAAGUUUGUCAAUUACUCAAUCCAAACGACCCUUUGAUUUGUUUCUCCUGCUAAAACCCUAAAGCGAACCCUAGUCUUGUCAUCCUUCGCAUCUCUGCCCUUCUGAUAGCCAACUUCACCGCGGAAAUGGAAGAGGUGGCUGAGAUGGAAGUUGAAGAAGAACGUCUGAGGUCCGCUCCAGCGGAUUCCGCCAAGAGAUUUGGACUCAGGAACUCCAUCCAGACCAAUUUCGGCGACGAUUACGUCUUCCAAAUUGUCCCAAAGGAGGAUUGGACUUCAAUGGCGGUUUCGCUGUCCACAAAUGCGAUUAAGCUUUACUCUCCCGUUACGGCUCAGUACCAGGGUGAAUGCAGGGGACAUUCGGGCUCCAUCAACGAUAUUUCUUUCUCUGUUUCUUCGACCCCGCACGUCUUGCACUCGUGCUCUUCUGAUGGCACUAUAAGAGCUUGGGAUACUAGAACUUUCCAGCAGGUUUCUUGCAUAACUGCCGGCCCCUCUCAGGAGGUCUUCAGCUUUUCAUUCGGAGGAUCCAAUGAUAAUCUUCUCGCUGCCGGUUGUAAAUCACAGAUACUCUUCUGGGAUUGGAGGAAUAAGCGGCAAGUUGCAUGCUUGGAGGAUUCUCAUGUGGACGAUGUUACUCAGGUCCAUUUUAUCCCUGGCCGCCAAGACAAGCUUGUUUCUGCAUCUGUCGAUGGGUUGAUGUGUAUUUUUAAUACUGGUGGGAGUAUCAAUGAUGAAGAUGAACUUGAAUCAGUGCUUAAUGUGGAAACAUCGAUUGGGAAAGUGGGUUUCUUUGGAGACAAGUUUCAGAAAAUUUGGUGUUUGACGCAUAUUGAAAGCCUGAGUGUAUGGGACUGGGAGGAAGGGAGAUGUGAAACAAACUUGCUUGAAGCCCGGGGGUUGGCUUCUGAUAGUUGGUCGUUGGAUAAUGUUGAUUACUUGGUGGACUGCCAUUACCCCGGAGAAGGUGAAAAGCUGUGGGUCAUCGGUGGCACCAAGGCCGGUACUUUAGGGUAUUUCGGCGUAGAUUACAGAGGAGGAUCAAUCAGUAGCCCCGAAGCAAUCCUCGGUGGCGGGCAUACAGACGUUGUGAGAUGUGUGUUGCCGAUGUCGGGCAGUCGUAGGGAUGGUGGUCCUCUCCCCAGCAGCACAACAAGUGUUUUUGGAUGGACUGGAGGUGAGGAUGGCCGCUUGUGCUGCUGGCUGUCUUAUGAGUCCACUGAGAUUGAUCGCUCCUGGACAUCAUCUGCAUUGGCUAUCAAGCAACCCAACACCCGCAAGAAGAACAGGCAUCAUCCGUACUAGCAACAUGCGCCUCUCCAGUCCUUAUAUCUUCUCUCUUGUUGUAACGUUCUGUUCAUUGAAAUUUCAAUGUUGUAAUCAGAAGAAAGGCGUGGUUUUUGGUACACUUUUUGUUUACCAUCUCCAACCAUUCUCUCACUAUGUUAUUUAUUUACAAGUUUAAAAGCCUUUUCAAAGUUGAAAGAUGGGAAAAUCAAACGAUCGUGCAUUU